GCAGCAACCCGGAAGCAGUUGUCAGGUCAGAAAUCCGUUUCAUAACAUCGGAUAAAAACAUCCGAUAAAAAACAUCAUAAAAGAGGAUUAAAUGGAGCUGAAACGUUUCUUCACAGCCUGAAAGCUUUAAUAAUAUCAGUCGAAGGAAUCAAGAUGCUUUCUGCUCGCUCUCCUCUUUCCGUCAAGAAUGAAAACACACUCAGCAGUGAGCUCAACAAAAUGUCUGUGGACAAAGAAAACACGCCACCGAGUCUGAACACGACCCGCAUCCUGGCGUCCAAAACCGCGCGGAAAAUCUUCGACGAUGCUCCGCCCAAAGCUGUGAAGAAGAGCAGCGGUGAGGAAGAAGAGGAGCCGCUGCUGAAGGAAAACCCUCGCCGCUUCGUCAUCUUCCCCAUCAAGUACCACGACAUCUGGCAGAUGUACAAGAAGGCCGAGGCGUCUUUCUGGACCGCAGAGGAGGUGGAUCUGUCCAAGGACCUGCAGCACUGGGAGGCUCUGAAGGACGAGGAGAGGUACUUCAUCUCUCACGUGUUGGCGUUCUUCGCCGCCAGCGACGGCAUCGUCAACGAGAACCUGGUGGAGCGCUUCUCCCAGGAAGUGCAGGUGACGGAGGCCAGGUGUUUCUAUGGUUUCCAGAUCGCCAUGGAGAACAUCCACUCAGAGAUGUACAGCCUCCUCAUCAACACCUACAUCAGGGAGCCCAAAGAGAGGGAAUACCUGUUCAACGCCAUCGAGACUCUGCCGUGUGUGAAGAAGAAGGCCGACUGGGCGAUCAACUGGAUCGGAAACAAGAACGCCAACUACGGUGAGCGCGUGGUGGCCUUCGCCGCCGUGGAGGGAAUCUUCUUCUCUGGUUCCUUCGCUGCGAUCUUCUGGCUGAAGAAGAGAGGCCUGAUGCCCGGACUGACCUUCUCCAACGAGCUGAUCAGCAGAGACGAGGGUCUGCACUGUGACUUUGCCUGUCUGAUGUUCAAACACCUGGUGAACAAGCCGUCGUCAGAAACCGUCACCAACAUCAUCAAGAACGCCGUGGAGAUCGAGCAGGAGUUCCUGACGGAGGCUCUGCCGGUGAAGCUGAUCGGGAUGAACUGCGGGCUGAUGAAACAGUACAUCGAGUUUGUGGCCGACAGACUGAUGCUGGAGCUCGGCUUCACAAAGAUCUACCGGGUGGAGAACCCCUUCGACUUCAUGGAGAACAUCUCUCUGGAGGGAAAGACCAACUUCUUUGAGAAGCGGGUCGGCGAGUACCAGAGGAUGGGCGUCAUGUCCGGAGCCACAGACAACACCUUCAGGCUGGACGCAGACUUCUGAGGACUGACCCGGACCGACCCGCGCUCAGUGUCACACUAAGGACUCGGUGCUUUGACUCCACGCUGGUGGACGUUUACAUUGAAUGAAUCUACCGGUGGAGACGCCAUAGAGACGGUUUUUAAGUAUCUCAGGACGGUGGCUGGUCAACUGACUGCUGGUUGGUGUCAUUAAUGAGCUCUUCAGCCAAUCAGGGUUCAGCUAGUGAGAGCACUGCAGGGAUCUGACCUCGGACCAGACGUCUCACCAACUGCUACGAACGGUUAAAGUCAGCAGUUAACAGAUGACCUGGAUCAGAACCUGGUUUUAUGUUUGUUUCUGUAAACUAACUUUAUAGAGUUUGUUUUAAAAAUCUGCUAUAUUAGUAUGUUUUAUACAACCUACUGAGGUCUUUUUGGUCAUUCUGUGUUUUUUGUACAGUUUAGAGGUUUUUUUGUAAUAAAAUUAUUUGUAAAACAAAA